CUGGCACCAAAGUGACCCAGAGGCAGAGAAGAACUUCGGGGCAAUCCUUGGCUCCUGCUGCCAGCGAGCGAGUGGAGGGGUCCGGGGGCUGCACAUCUUUGACGAUGGCCUCUCUGGCAGCAGCCAAGGACUGGACCGACGGCGGUGGAGCGAUGGGCGCGGACGCCCAGAACCUGAGCGCGGCGCUAGCUGCGGGGGCCGCCCCGGGGACCCUGGAGGCGGAGUGGCUGCAACUGCUGGUCCAAGCCGGCAACCUCUCCUCCUCCCCCUCGGCGCUGGGACUGCCUGCGGUUUCCCCCGCACCCUCCCAGCCCCGAGCCAACCUCACCAACCAAUUUGUGCAGCCGUCCUGGCGCAUCGCGCUCUGGUCCCUGGCAUACGGAGUGGUGGUGGCCGUGGCCGUUUUCGGAAAUCUUAUCGUCAUCUGGAUCAUUCUAGCUCACAAGCGCAUGAGGACUGUCACCAACUACUUCCUCGUAAACCUGGCUUUCUCUGACGCCUCCAUGGCCGCCUUCAACACGUUGGUCAACUUCAUCUACGCUCUGCAUAGCGAGUGGUACUUUGGGGCCAACUACUGCCGCUUCCAGAACUUCUUUCCUAUAACGGCUGUGUUCGCCAGCAUUUACUCUAUGACGGCCAUUGCGGUGGACAGGUAUAUGGCCAUUAUUGAUCCUUUGAAACCCAGACUGUCUGCCACAGCUACCAAGAUUGUCAUUGGAGGCAUUUGGAUCCUGGCUUUUCUACUGGCCUUCCCUCAGUGUCUUUACUCCAAAACCAAGGUCAUGCCAGGCCGUACUCUCUGCUAUGUGCAGUGGCCAGAAGGUCCCAAACAACAUUUUACGUACCACAUCGUGGUCAUCAUCCUGGUGUACUGCUUCCCACUGCUCGUCAUGGGUAUCACAUACACCAUUGUUGGAAUCACUCUCUGGGGAGGAGAAAUCCCAGGAGACACCUGUGACAAGUAUCACGAGCAGCUCAAAGCCAAGAGAAAGGUUGUAAAAAUGAUGAUUAUUGUUGUGAUGACAUUUGCCAUCUGCUGGCUGCCCUAUCAUAUUUACUUCAUUCUCACUGCAAUCUAUCAACAAUUAAAUAGAUGGAAAUACAUCCAGCAGGUCUACCUGGGCAGCUUCUGGCUGGCAAUGAGCUCCACCAUGUACAAUCCCAUCAUCUACUGCUGUUUGAAUAAGAGAUUUCGAGCUGGCUUUAAGAGAGCAUUUCGCUGGUGUCCUUUCAUCAGAGUUUCUAGCUAUGAUGAACUAGAGCUCAAAACCACCAGAUUUCAUCCAACUCGGCAAAGCAGCCUGUACACAGUGACCAGGAUGGAGUCCAUGACAGUGGUGUUUGACGCUAACGAUGCGGACCACGCCAAGUCCAGUCGGAAGAAAAGGGCCCUUCCAGGAGACCCAAGCUUCAAUGGCUGCUCCAGCAGGAAUUCCAAAUCUGCCUCCACCACUUCAAGUUUCAUAAGCUCUCCCUAUACCUCUGUGGAUGAAUAUUCUUAAAUCUAUUUCCUGAGGGGAUAAGUUAGUGUACAGCCAUCAUGGUGCCACCUUAGGGCCCCAUCCCCCUGUUUAUCGGUCCCGUCCUACAUUUGUUCUGGAAACAGAAGUCAAUGUUUUAGGCAGCUAUGCUUAAAUUGAGAAAGGCAGCCUACAGGGUAUAAAUGUGAUGAAGGCACUAAUAUGCGAUACCCACCCCCCAAAAUAAGACGGGCUUUAAAUUU